CGAUACUACGUUAUACGUAAUCCAGAGCGGCAAAUGUUCACUUCUCUCGGGUGAUACAGCAAUAAAACUUGGAUUGAUCAAAUUUUUGCGGACAGUUGACAAAGAAACAUUUCCACAUAUUACAGAAAAACGGUGAGAAAAGUUUCGUAAAAGCAAGAUGGCGGCUGAAGCACAAUCGAACUCCACCGAUUGCAGCGAGGAAAACCCUUACGAAAAGUACGGUUUUCCGGUUUAUGUGUCUGCAUUCCUCAGCAAAUCUGGUGUUGACGCUAACAACACAGCGGAAAUAAUCGAGAUCCUAACAACCCAUAACUUGGCGACGGCGGAGCAGCAAAAAGACAACACGACGACGCUUUUCUUUAAGCCAUUCGAAGAGUUGUCACCUUGGUUGUCACCGUUGAUUCAAGGAAACGAAGGGGCGGCAACAACUGCGCUGGGCUCGGAGGAGAAAUUCAAUCCUGUUCUCGAGGAGGCGAGUCCAAAUAUCGUGGAGUCUUGCGUGAAGCAUACCGGAUCCGAUCGUUUGGAUGAAUCACUCUGCGUUGUAGAAUCGAAGCUCGCUAAAACUACCACUACUGGUGUAACGGAAGAGCCCGGCGGGGAACCAGGCGAACAUCCCCUGAAUUCCGUCGUCUCGUCGUUGGUAGAGUAUUCACUCGCCAUUGAAGAAACUUCAGCUGCUACUGGUGUACCGAACGAAAACCCGGAAGAAAAUCUUGAAAAUCCCGUCACGUCAUCAGAUGUAGAGGAAAUUUUCAACGAUCAAGAUAAGGAAAACUCGUUGAAUGAAUCAAAUGAUGAAAUUUCGACGAGCUCACCCAAAGGCUCUACAAAACCUGUUGAAUAA